UCGACUCGAUUUUUGCGCAUCGUUGCACGAGUUUUGAGUAUCAAGGCGAGCAAUUUCAUGCAGCCCACUGGGAUUUAUUUGCUCCUUACAGGGAUAUAUUUCGCUCUUUAAAUGUCCAGCGCACGGGAACUCGUUUUGCUCGCUGGGAAUAUAAGUUUUGUCUUUGCGCACAGCAAACUGAGUCUCAUGUUUACGCACAAAACGGACGAGCACAUCUAAAAAUCGACAAUAACCGUCUUCCUUCUUUUUGAAGACGCAAAGGAGGAAUGGAAUUAGCCGGCGGGCGACUCAUACAAAGGAGCAACAAUGCAUAAAAUCCCCCUUCAACACUUGGAGGAUAUAAAGGAUACAAGUUGGCAUAGCGCACCAAGCGCAAAUAAACUUCUACCAGGAUGGGCACGUGCGUAUAUGUUGAUGCUCUUAGUUUGUGAUUUGCUCGAAGUUUCUUUGUGUGCAAGUGUGGCAGGAGCCAAAGUUGAACACGAUGGACUUUGUCCUAACACGCUGAAUUCCAAUCUUUGGGUUGACGCGCAAAGCACCUGCGAGAGGGACUGCGGCGUAGAUGAGGACUGCGCUGACUUUGAGAAAUGCUGCACCAAUGUGUGUGGCCUCAACAGCUGUGUGGCUGCUCGGUUCUCUGAUGGAACCCCAGCGCAGCCAGAUGGGCAGGGUGGAGAAAAAGGAGAUGCCGCCCCCGCCUCCACAGCUACCUGUGAGGGCUUCAUCUGCAGCCAGCAGGGAGCAACCUGUGACAUCUGGGAUGGACAGCCGGUCUGCAAGUGCCAGGACCGGUGUGAGAAAGAGCCCAACUUCACCUGUGCAUCAGAUGGUCUCACCUAUUUCAACCGCUGCUACAUGGAUGCAGAGGCCUGCAUCCGGGGGGUGACUUUAACUGUGGUCCCCUGCCGCUUCUACCUAGCCGGGCCCCACACUAGUCCGCUGCCUCAAGACACCACAGUUCACCCCACCCCGACAUCCUCCCAGGAGGAGCCCAUGCCCCCCACACUGUACUCCAACCCGCACCACCAGUCUAUCUACGUUGGAGGCACAGUCAGCUUCCACUGCGAUGUCAUCGGAGUCCCCAGACCUGAUGUCACAUGGGAGAAGCAGACUGACCGGCGUGAACGGCUGGUCAUGAGGCCGGACCAGAUGUAUGGCAACGUGGUCAUCACCAACAUUGGACAGCUUGUCAUCUACAACGCUCAGGUGUGGGACACAGGUAUCUACACCUGCAUUGCACGCAAUGCGGCGGGAGUUCUUCGUGCAGAUUAUCCGCUGUCUGUCAUUCGCCGGGCUGAUGAUGAUUUCUCUGAAGAUCCAGAGAUGCCCAUGGGGCGGCCGUUCUCACCGGCAGACUGCCUAGCUGAAGUCGACCUGAGAGUGUGCAGUGGAGAGCGUCACAUAGACUGGUACUAUGACGGCAAGCUGGGCUCCUGCAUGACCUUUAGCAAUGGCGGGUGUGAUGACAGCCGUAAUCGAUUCGAGACUUACGAGGAGUGCAAAGCCUCUUGCCAGAGAGAAGGGAUGGGGAUCUGCUCCCUGCCUGCUGUUCAGGGCCCCUGCAAAGUCUGGGAGGCGCGUUGGGCCUGGAACUCCGUAAUGAAACAGUGCCAAGCCUUUGCCUAUGGUGGCUGCCAUGGGAAUGCCAACAGCUUCCACACCAAAAAGGAGUGUGAAGCAAACUGCCCACAACCCAAAAGAAAACCUUGCAAAACCUGUCGGGUAAAGGGGAAAAUGGUGCCCAGCUUAUGCCAAAGCGACUUUGCCAUUGUGGGCCGACUGACGGAGCUGGUUGAGGAUCUGGACUCUGGGUUAGCUCGCUUUAGCUUGGAGGAGGUCCUGAGAGACGAAAAGAUGGGCUUGACUUUCUUCGACACUAAACACCUCGAGGUGACUAUCGCCAAGAUAGACUGGAGCUGUCCCUGCCCCAACAUCACCAUGGAGGAAAAUCCUUUGCUGGUGAUGGGCAUGGUGCAGGACGGCAUGGCCAUCAUUCAGUCUGACAGCUAUGUCAGAGCCAUAACAGAACGCAGACUCAAAAAGCUGCGUGACGUUCUGAAUAAAAAGACCUGCGAGGCGUCAUGAAAGUCCAGGAACGUGUGUGCCAGCAGAAGGACUGUGGUCACAUUUACCUUUGCAAGCAUCAGAACUGCAACAUAAAAAGCUGAUAUUUAAAACACAAUAGAAGAUCUUAAAUACUGCAUGUAGAUUAAUUUAUGAGAUCAUUUUUUUUAUAUUAAUUCCAACAGAUUGUUCUACAUUCCACGUGUUGAGCCCAUUCAUGCUGAAAUGCUGUUUUUAAAUCAGCUUAUAGUUUUUUUUAAGAAAAGUUAAAUCUUUUUAAUAUGUAUUGUACGAUAGCUGGCAGAAUAGCAGCCACACAAGAUGAUCAUGUUGCAAAAAAUCUAGGCUGCAGUAAUACAGAACUAGAUAGUAUAUUACCUCUAGUUUAUUUGCUUUGGGCUCAUG